AUGAUAGAAAGGGCGCAUUCCAGUCAUAUCGGCCUUCAGGGAUGCUUGCGAAGAGCGAAGGAGUCGUUAUAUUGGCCAAACCUGUAUUCAGAUUUUGAAAAACAUAUUCAGGCAUGCAAGACUUGCAAUACUUACUCAGCUGAAAAUAGCCGAGAGCCCAUGAUACCACACGAAACCCCGAAUCGGCCAUGGGAGAAAGUAGGUGUGGAUUUGUUCCAUACAGCUGGAAAAGAUUACCUUCUCACUGUGGACUACUAUUCUGAUUUUGUUGAGAUUGACCGCCUCCAUGACAAGAAGGGCAACGAGGUCAUCAGAAAGUUAAAGUCUCAUUUCUCGCGGUAUGGGUUACCAUGCAUAGUAAUGUCUGACAAUGGUCCACCAUUCAACGGAAAACAAUUCUCAGAUUUUUCGAAAGAAUAUGAAUUCCAACACAUCACUAGUUCACCAAGAUAUCCACAGUCCAAUGGUAAGGUGGAAAAUGCGGUGAGAACUGUAAAGCGAAUUCUGGAAAAAUCAAGGAAGGGUCGACGGGACCUUUAUCUUGCUAUUUUGGAUUGGCGGAACACGCCAAGAGAGAUAGUGAAGUCAUCCCCAGUGCAAAGACUGUACGGUAGAAGGACUAGGACUUUGCUUGGAGCCAAGCACAAUUCCUACGUCGGAGACAAGGAAAGACAUAAACCAAAGAAAAGGAAAAGAACAACAUUACUACAAUCGCGGCACUAA